CUGAAGUCACCACCAUGCCAAUCUCUACUCCUAGUGUACGAAGCACUCCAUUAACAACUAUUCCUGUCAGCACCACACAUGUGACCAGUUCUGAGGGCAGCACCCUUUCAACAUCUUCUUUUGACACCAGCAUACCUGUGACCACUUCUACCCAAAUCAGUUCAUCUGCUACAACUCCUGAAGGUACCAGUAUGGCAACCUCGACUCCUAGUGAAGGAAGCACUCCAUUAACAACUAUUCCUGUCAGUACCACACGUGUGACCAGUUCUGCGGGCAGCAUGCUUUCAACACCUUCUGUUGACACCAGCACACCUGUGACCACUUCUACCCAAGUCAGUUCAUCUCCUACAACUCCUGAAGAUACCAGUAUGCCAAUCUCGACUCCUGGUGAAGGAAGCACUCCAUUAACAAUUUUGCCUGUCAGCACCACAUCGGAGACCAUUUCUGAUCCUAGCACACCUUCAACACCUCCUGUUGACACCAGCACACCUGUGACCACUUCUACCCACGUCAGUUCAUCUUCUACAACUCCUGAAGUCACCACCAUGCCAAUCUCGACUCCUAGUGAAGGAAGCACUCCAUUAACAACUAUUCCUGUCAGCACCACACCUGUGACCGGUUCUGAGGGCAGCACCCUUUCAACAGUUUCUGUUGACACCACCACACCUGUGACCACUUCUACUCAUGUCAGUUCAUCUCCUACAACUCCUGAAGUCACCACCAUGCCAAUCUCGACUCCUAGUGAAGGAAGCACUCCAUUAACAACUAUUCCUGUCAGCACCACACGUGUGACCAGUUCUGAGGGCAGCACCCUUUCCACACUUUCUGUUGACACCACCACACCUGCGACCACUUCUACCCACAUCAGUUCAUCACCUACAACUCCUGAAAUCACCACCAUGCCAAUCUCUACACCUAGUGAAGAAAGCACUCCAUUAACCACUAUUCCUGUCAGCACCACACAUGUGACCAGUUCUGAGGGCAGCACCCUUUCAACACCUUCUGUUGACACCAGCACACCUGUGACCACUUCUACCCAAGUCAGUUCAUCUCCUACAACUCCUGAAGGUAUGCCAAUCUCGACUCCUGGUGAAGGAAGCACUCCAUUAACAAUUUUGCCUGUCAGCACCACAUCGGUGACCCUUUCUGAUCCUAGCACACCUUCAACACCUCCUGUUGACACCAGCACACCUGUGACCACUUCUACCCACGUCAGUUCAUCUGCUACAACUCCUGAAAUCACCACCAUGCCAAUCCCUACUCCUAGUGAAGGAAGCACUCCAUUAGCAACUAUUCCUGUCAGCACUACUAGUCUGACCAGUUCUGAGGGUAGCACCAUUUCAACACCUUCUGUUGACAUCAGCACACCUGUGACCACUUCUACACGAGUCACUUCAUCUCCUACCAUUCCUGAAGUCACCACCAUGCCAAUCUCAACUCCUAGUGUACGAAGCACUCCAUUAACAACUAUUCCUGUCAGCACCACACAUGUGACCAGUUCUGAGGGCAGCACCCUUUCAACACCUUCUGUUGACACCAGCACACCUGUGACCACUUCUAUGCAACAUACCUGUGACCACUUCUACCCAAAUCAGUUCAUCUACUACAACUCCUGA